AUGGAUAGUUUGAGAGGAAAAGGCUAUACAACACAAACUUUGGGGGAUGUUUCCCUGGGAAAUGAAUGGAAUCCUGAGGUUAUUUUCCAGAUUUUUGGGGAGGAAUUAGGAAAUCGUAUCAUUAAUAUUCCUAGAAUUCCUUUUCCUCACAAGGAUCAAGUCUUUUGGAAACAAAAUCCAGCAGGGAAGUUCUCUGUGCGUGCUGCCUACAUUUCUGCAACUAUGGACAGAUUUGCACCAGAAGAGGAAGUUUGGAAAUGGAUUUGGGAGGCGGGCAUUCAUCCCAGGAUUUCAGUCUUCUUAUGGAGGGCUUUGACCGAGGCUAUUCCUACAAAGAAUCGUCUUCAUUUUUUGCAGGAUAAAACUUGUAACUUAUGUGGUGUGGAGGAUGAAAGUGCUUGUCAUAUUCUCUGGAAAUGUAGUUUUUCGAAAGCAGUAUGGUUUGGAUUUCGUUUGGCUCUGAAAUUGGAUGAUAUUCCAUCUGAUAAUAUGAUUAGCAUGUUUAAAGCCUUAAUCGAUACACUGGGGGAUACUGAUAGGAAGGAAUUGAUAAGUUAUUUUGGCUGCAUCAUGACCGAGAUUUGGCACCAGAGAAAUUCCUUCUGUAUUAAGGGCCAAGUUGUUAAUGUGCAAAUGGUUUUGGCAAAAAUCGAAAAGAAGGCAGAGGAGCUGAGGCAUGCGAUGUCUGCAACUCCCAGUCGCAAUGGUGGAAUUUCAGAUGGUUUGGAAAGGCAGGGAUCGGGAGAGUUCAGUGACUCGAUGUACAACAACUUCCCUACUGGUUCUUGCAAUUUUGUCUUCACUGAUGCAUCGUGGGUGAAGGGUACUGCUGGUGUAGCUGCUAUAACUGUGGAUGUGUCAACAGGCUGCUGGUUUGUCAAUGCGCAAAAGUUACGGGUGGACUCGACUUUGGAAGCUGAAUUCUCAGCUAUAAUACUUGCUCUAAACAGGGCUUAUGAUGCAGGGUGGAAGGAAGUGUGUGUUCUUUCAGAUUCUAAAAUUGCAGUACAGGCUUUGUCAUCAAAUUCUCUUCCUGACUGGAGAGUAGCUAGUGUGUUUUAUUUAUCUUUAAACUUGGCUAAAAAGUUUCGUUUAUGUUGUUUUUCCUUUAUUAAGCGUAGUUGUAAUGCCGUGGCUGAUGGUGUAGCUAAAAACGCUAGAAUCUCUAGUGAUUUGGCAAUUUUGUAUCAAGGGGAGGGCAAUCCCCCGGUGAUUCCCAUCAAUUUUCUUAAUUAA